UCAACGCACAUGGAGCAGUUCCUAACAUUUAUGUCCCUAAACUACCCCCGAACACACACUCAUUACACUGUGUCAUACUCUCCCACACGCACCACUGCCUCUCUCUCAACAAUCUUCGUGGAGUAGAAGAAGGUUGAAGAGAAAGCUAGACGUAGAUUUCGAAGACUAUCGCAAACUCUCUUCUCCUGAGGUCCGUACGCAGGUCGACAUUAUCGAGUCUACUUUCUCUUCAACUGAAGCUGAUCGUGCCUCCGCAAAACGUGCUAUUCACGUGUUCUUCGAGCUAGCUAAGAACGAGGAAUUUGUGAAUGUGGCUGUAGACUGUGGUGCUGUUCCAGCUUUGGUGAAGCAUCCUAAGGUGCCGUCCCUCGGGAGUGAAUUAGGAGAUAGUGGACAGAUGCCGUACGGGCAUGAGAUCAAGAAAGGAAGUGCUUUUACACUUGGGCUUCUUGCCAUAAAACCGGAGCAACAGCAACUCAUUGUUGAUGCUGGAGCUCUGCCCCAUCUUGUGGAUCUGCUGAAGAGGCACAAGAAAGCACAAAACCUUGUGCAGUCAAUGGUGUUGCCGGAGAGCAGUUGAUGCAAUCAUCAAUCUUAAUAACAGCAUUAAAAGUCGCAGCAGGUGCAAAGAGCAGCUGCAGGAGCCUUGCGAACUUUGGCAUUUAAAAACGAUGAAAACAAAAAUCAGAUUGUUGAUUGCAAUGUACUACCUAUUCUUAUUCUAUUGCUGCGGUCCAAAGAUACGGGCAUACAGUAUGAAGCGGUUGGAGUCAUUGGAAAUCUGGUGCACUCAUCAUCAAAUAUCAAAAAGGAAGUUCUUGCUGGAGCUUUACAACCUGUCAUUGGGUUGCUUAGUUCCUCCUGUUCGGAGAGUCAAAGGGAAGCUGCUUUAUUGCUUGGAUAAUUUGCAGCAACCAACACAGAUUGCAAGAUACACAUUGUGCAAAGAAGUUCUGUACCACCACUAAUUGAGAUGCUCCAAUCUCCGGAUGCUCAACUUAGGGAAAUGUCAGCCUUUGCCCUGGGAAGGUUGGCACAGGUGACUUGAAAUCCUUACAGAACUUCUUUAGGGUACUUUGUUUCCUUGUGGUUAGCAUGUAAUAUUUCUGUUCUGUUAUUUGUUGUUCCCUGGGCCUUUAGAUUAUUCUGUAAGCUUACCACUCGGAUUUUUCUGGCAUUACUUGUGAUGAUAGUUGAUGAUCAUUGACUUACCUUUAUUGAUUAAUGGGGUCUGUUUUAAAGUGUGACACAUGCUCGUGGCAUCUUCGACAUGUCCUUAUGUCCUUUUAUGAAUCAAAACUUAUACCAGAAAAUAUACUCAUAGUAGUGGUUCCAGCAGACCAUGUUUCUCUGAUUAUUCAGCAAAUUUAGCAUUCAAAAAUUUAUUUUCUGCCUUUACCUGUGUGUCGGUGAUGAAUAGGCAUGGCUUGUGUCUUAAUCUAUACUUUUAUAGUCGAAGGCCCAAUCGACAAAACCUGGGCUUUAUUUCUUAUUUAUAUCGCCUGUUAUGCCCUGCCACAUUCUCCUUCAUCUCUUUCCUUGCGGCAUAGCAAAAGAAUACUGAAACUAUGAAGGAGUUUACUGUUACUCGAGGUAGACGGGUAAAAUUUCAGAACUGGGAACUGCAAAAAAAGCCUAACAAGUCAAUACUAAGGAAAAGUACAGAGGAGGGGAAUAAUAAUAAUGAGUUUAACAAGCUACCUGUUGAUGUUAUAAGCUCUAUUUUUAUAAGAUGCCCGGUGAAUACGUUAUCCAUGUUAAGGUGCGCAUCAAAGUCGUGGAAUAACUUGAUUGCUAGUCCUUUGUUCGUUCAUUCUCACCUGGAACAUUCAACGGAAACUUCCCAACUUCUUUUUCUGCAACUCAAUUAUUUGCCACGGUCAAAGAGGCGCAGACUACGGUUUGUUUCAGUCGACAUGGAAGGAAAUGAGGGAGAAAGCAAUGAGUUAUACGCUGUCACUUUAUCUCGUUUCCCAUGUUCCGGCCUUUCCGGUUUCCAUGUUUCCGCUGGUUUAGUUUUCUUUUCAAUGGGUGAUCAUCGCAUGUAUUUGUGCAAUCCUGUGAAGCAACAAUUCUUUGAAUUGCCGAAAUGUUCACCUACUGUUUUUGAUGGAAGUGACAAAUUUGGGUUUGGAUAUCUUCGUUCAACUAAGGAAUAUAAAGUGGUGCGUGUUUUCAAUGGGGAUCCCGAGAUUAAUGAUUGGAGAUCUCAGCUAAGAGGCAAGGUGCUUACCCUAAAUGGCAUUAUUUCUAGUGAAUGGAAAGAAAUUGCUGAGAUUCCUCCAUGUGGUCCGUAUGGUCCAGGACUGCUAGUAAAUGAAUGUAUGUAUUGGCCGAAUAAUAUGAAUUCUUUUUGCGAUCAAAUUUUAUCAUUUGACUUUGAAAAUGGAAAAUUUCUAACUAUAUCUUGCCCAUCAUCUUAUAAUAAGGUUAUGGAGUUGAGAAUGGUGGAUUUGAAAGGGAUACUUUGCCUGCCAGAUAUGGAUAUGUGGAGUUCAACUCUAGACCUGUGGAUACUUAAAGAUAAAAUAAGUUGCAUUUGGGUGAAGGAGUGUAGCAUCAAUUUGGUUGGGCUCGGGUGUAAUUCACCUAUCUUGAGGACAUGGAAUGAAGAAAUAAUAGUUGGCGGUUGGUCAAAUAGGUUUGUCUUCUAUGACCUAAAAGGAAAAUGCUUUAGAGAAAGGAGAAUUAAUAUUGGACUUUGCCGAGACGCAGUGGGUUUUGAAAUUUACCAGAAAACCUUGUUUUCAUUAGGAAACACAUAGGUCCUUCCCUUCCUAUUUAUUAUGUUGCAGGAAAUAUGUAUUAUUGCAUAUGAAACAUAAUUGGUGAGGAUUGUAACAAAGGUUAAUGUUAUUUUUGAUAAUCGAAAAAUAUAAUGAUGACUUAUAACA